GCGGCAGGUUGCGGCGGCGCCCGGCGCCGGGAAGCAGCCGGUUCGAGUCUGCGUCCCGGAGGCCAGCGAGCGCCCAGGACAGGGAUGCUCUCCGGGCUAGCAGCGAUGGAGCUGAAGGUGUGGGUGGAUGGCAUACAGCGCGUGGUCUGUGGGGUCUCGGAGCAAACCACCUGUCAGGAAGUGGUCAUAGCACUAGCCCAAGCAAUAGGCCAGACGGGCCGCUUUGUGCUCGUGCAGCGUCUCAGGGAAAAGGAACGGCAGCUGCUGCCCCAGGAGUGUCCAGUGGGUGCCCAGGCUACCUGUGGACAGUUUGCCAGUGAUGUCCAGUUUGUCCUGAGGCGGACAGGGCCCAGCCUUGCUGGGAGGCCUUCCUCAGACAGUUGCCCACCUCCUGAGCGCUGCCCAGUCCGAGCCAGCCUCCCCCCAAAGCCACGGCCAGCCCUGGGCCACGAGCAGCGCCAAGCACUGACCUUCAGCCUGGGGUGCCCUGGGCUGGCCCCCAGCCCUGCGCUGCCUGAGCCUGUGGCCCCAGUAGCACCAAUCCCAGGCUCCUGUGCAGACCUGCAGAGCCUGGAGCGAAGGGUGCGGAGGAACGCAGUGGAGCUGGGUCAAGAGGCCUUCUGGGAGCAGGAGCUUCGGCGGGAGCAAGCACGGGAGCGUGAGGGGCAGGCGCGCCUGCAGGCCCUGAGCGCAGCCACUGCUGAGCAUGCUGCCCGGCUGCAGGCCCUGGAUGCCCAGGCCCGUGCCCUGGAGGCUGAACUACAUCUGGCCUCUGAGGCCCCUGGGCCCCCCUCACCCACAGCAUCUGCAACUGAACGCCUGCGCCAGGACCUGGCUGCCCAGGAACGGCAGAGCGCACAGGUACAAGGCAGCCUGGCCCUGGUGAGCAGGGCCCUGGAGGCCGCCGAGCACGCCCUGCAGGCCCAAGCCCAGGAACUUGAGGAGCUGAACCGGGAGCUCCGUCAGUGUAACCUGCAGCAGUUCAUCCAGCAGACGGGGGCUGCACUGCCACCACCCCCCCGGCCAGACAGGGGCCCCCUCAGCACACAGGAUCUUCUGCCUCCAGCCAGAGAAGAGCCCCUCACAAGGACCCCUCAGAAUCCUGCUCUAGUGUCCGGCCUGAGUCCAGAGAUUGCCCCAAUGAGGCAGAACUCCUGGAGGUAGCAGCUCUUGCCCUAGAAUGGACAUCCACUGCCAGCCCAGCCCUGGGCUCCAAUGACAUGAGCGAGGGCAGCCAAGGCCAGCCCGACCCGGACAACAGGAGAUUGGCGGUCGCAGAGGAUUCAUUCCCCCAUACAGUGGGAAGCCCUGGUGCCCUGGGUCUGAGACAGAACACCUCAGAGCCCCGGGGUUUCCACUGUGGGGGGCAGGGGGAGGCUGAGGACACUUGCCCUAGUCCUUGCCAAGUCUGCCAAGCCCCCUGGAGAAGCAGGGGGCGGGACCAGCUCAGAAUUCGCUGCGCCCCAAAGGCCAUGGCUCCUUAUUGGGGUUGGGAGAUGUGUGGACACUGCUCGGCCUGUGGGUGUGUGCUUGCAUGUGGGAAGUAUCCUUCCUUGAGCCUGCAUGCACACACGGCGUGCCGCCUCCCCUACCCCAACCCUAAAACCUCAAUAAACUGCCCAGAAUGGC